AUGCAUUCCCCACUUUCACUAUUCUUGAUAAGGUUCUGCUUCUUCUUCAUUUUCUUCAUCUUGCUUUUUUCAAAUCAAACUCAACAAACAACCCUAAUCUCACCGGUUUCAAAGGACAAACACACAAACCUCUUCACUCUCUCCGUCUACCUCAAAACUCCACUUCGCCCCACAAAGCUUUUUCUUGACCUCUCUUUCUUGUUUCCAUGGUUAGAUUGUGAUGGCAACUACAACUCCUCCUCCUUCCGCCAAGUCCCCUGUGACGCUACUUUCUGCGACUCCCUCGGCUUCGGUGCACUCUCUUGUGCCAACUGCACCGACUUCACCCCAUCACCUAAUCCCAACUGCGUACACAUCCCCACCGAAAUGGUUUGCGGCGCAUUCCCAGAAAAUCCAGUAACAAAAGAUGUCAAUUCACAAACUGUUCUUGUUGAUACGUUAGCACUCCCAAACGCCAAUGUGUCAACUCAAGAACAACUUGUUUCUUUUUCUAAUUAUACUUUCUCUUGUGCACAUACUACUCUUCUUAAACGAUUACCAAAAGGUGUCACCGGUUUAGCUUCGUUAGGCCGGUCCAAAGUCUCCAUCCAAGCCCAAAUUAGUUCGACUUUUUCCACUCCUAAUUGCCUUGCAAUUUGCUUUCCCGGUUUACCAAAAUCAACCGGGGUCGCUUUCUUUGGUUCACGUGGACCAUACUAUGCUUUUCCUCAAUCCGGUAAAAUUGACCUUGCAAAAUUUCUUAUUUACACUCCACUUAUUGAAAAUCCAAUCGGUUCAGGAGAUACUGUGAUUACCUACGUAAAUAAACCAUCCAAUGAGUAUUUCAUUGGGUUGACUUCUAUCAGAGUCAACGGUAACAUGCAAGUUCCAAUCAAUAGUUCUCUGCUAACUAUCAAUAAGGAAAACGGUUUUGGUGGAACCAAGAUUAGUAGUCAUGUUCCAUACACUCUUUUAGAGUCUUCUAUUUACAAGGCCUUCACAGAAUUGUUUGUAAGAGAAGCAAGUUCCUCUAGUUUCAACCUUACAAUAAUAUCUAAUCCUGUAAAACCAUUUAGUGUGUGCUACUCUGCGGAAAGGGUCACGGUAACAAACGGAACUCCGGUGGUGCCUGCCAUUGAUCUUGUAUUGGAUAGAGAUGAUGUGGUUUGGAAGAUUGAUGGGUCGAAUUCAAUGGUGAGGGUUGUGAACAAGAAAAAAGAGUUGGAUUUGUGGUGUUUGGGAUUUGUUGACGGUGGAGUGAAUAAUAAAACUUCGAUUGUGAUUGGAGGGAAGCAACUUGAAGAGAAUCUUGUGCAGUUCGAUCUUGAGUCAAACAGAUUGGGAUUUAGUUCUUCACUUGCAUCUCGUUCUCUUUCAUGUGCUGACUUUAAGGUCGUUGACUUUGUCAAUGCAAGCACAUAG